AUGUGGACGAGAAUCUUCACCCUCCUGAAGUUUGAUGACAUUGCCUUAGAAGCCAGCGUUUAUGAGAACAUGCCCAUUGGUACGGACGUCUUAACGGUAAAAGCGUCGGAUCAGGAUAGUCCAACAGCUGUGCUCGACUAUAACAUUGUUGGAGGAAAUGGCAUGGCAUUUUUUGCUAUAGACAGCUCAGGUUAG